AUGAAGAGCAUUCUUGAAAAGUUGUUCAUUUUCCUCCUUUUCGGAACUCUGGUUUUAAUGUUUCUUCAUAUAUUCCCUAGCAGGAAGUCAGAAUUGACAGAUCUUGAAGAAGAUUGGCUGAAAAAGCAAAGUGACCGUAGAAGCACCUUGAACUUCACCUGCUUGAACAAGACUUCUGCAAGUUUGGAAUGGAAACUACAAGAUAUGGUUGCUAGGCAGCUGUUUGUGGAUGAGAACCACAAACUGAUCUACUGUGAAGUGCCAAAGGUGGGUUGCUCGAACUGGAAAAAAAUCAUCCUGCUCCUCACGCUCAACAUGAACAGGGAUGCCUCUGAAGUAGACCAGCAAACCAUCCACACAACCAAACUUUUAAAGCGAUUGAGUUCUUACCCUUCAGAGCAGCAAAUUGAACUUCUGAACAACUACACUAAAGUGAUGUUCACCAGGCAUCCUCUAGAAAGGCUGGUCUCCGCUUACAGAGACAAGCUCUUGCAUUCUGAACCCUACUACAGCAUCACAGUGGCAAAUCAGAUCAAGGCCUUGCUCAGGAGGGACCAAAAUUCCUCAGAGAAAGUGACUUUCCCAGAGUUCGUUGAUUUCAUUGUGACAAGGAAUCACAAGUAUUUAGACACACACUGGAAGCCAAUGUUUGAGCUCUGUGAUCCUUGCAAUGUUCAUUAUGACAUUCUGGGGAAGUUCGAGACACUGAUUCAAGAUGUCAACCAUGUUCUCAGGAGAAUUAGAGCGCCAGAGGGCCUCCUCUAUCCAUAUAGGAAGAAAAUGACCGAUAACACAAUCACCCUGAAUUACCUCAGGAAAUUGAGUUGGGACCAAAUGCAGAAGCUCACGGAGCUUUACCAGGCUGAUUUCUCUUCAUUUGGCUAUUCUUUAACAUUUAAACAGGACAUUUUCCUGUAA